CCAAGGACAUCAUUAGACUUAACAUGAUAAUGAUUGGUAUAUUCCUCAGCAUCCCUAACAGUGAAGGACACGGAGAUAUUUAAACAUUUAGUGAACCUGGAUUAUUCAAUUGGAAUAACAUCAUGAUCCAUUCUACCUCUUGGAAGGUUAAUUAUGUUCGGAAUAGUAUUGAGUAACACCGGAUUUUUCUGAGCUUCUUUUGAGGUUGUUUGUAAGCUGUGGAUUACUUCCAUUUCUUUCUAAAUAGACAAUAACAAAUCACUUUCAUAUUUUGUGAACUUCACUAAGUCCGAUCUCUAAAUUAUCCGACAAAUAUAUGCUAGUCUCUCUGAAGUGCUAUGUUGUGAAUUACAUAAUCGGUAUAGUCAUUGAUGUGCGGAGACGCUCUUUGCAACUGUACGAGGUAGUAGCUCAUGUCUGAUUUAUCAUUUUGGGGAAUGUAAUUAGUUAAAUCAUUCUUCUCUCUACUUGCUAGUGAUGAAUGAAAACAAAUUACUAAGAAACAAAUUGAUUCUUGGUGUUACUGGUAGUGUUGCUGCAAUCAAAAUACCAUGUUUAAUAGAACAACUUCUAGAAAUAGGAUUUGAAGUUCGUCUAGUUGUUACAGACAAUUCACUUAACUUUUUUUCGGUAGACACUGUAAGUGUCCCUGUGUACAAAGACAUAGACGAAUGGACAAGAUGGAAAAAACGUGGUGAUCCUGUGUUACAUAUUGAGCUUAGAAAUUGGGCAGAUAUACUACUAGUAGCUCCAUUGAGUGCUAAUACAAUGGCAAAGGUGGCGUAUGGACUAGCUGAUAAUCUACUUACAACACUUGUACGUGCAUGGUGGUUUCCCAAUGAACAAAACAUUAUCAAUAAACCAGUAUAUUUUGCUCCUGCUAUGAAUACUUUAAUGUGGCAGCAUCCAUUUACUCAUGAACAAAUUGAACGUCUAGUUGGUAGACUUCAUUGGAAAUGCAUAGAUCCUGUUCAGAAGACGUUAAUUUGUGGAGAGACUGGUAUUGGGGCAAUGGCAGAAGUCAGUGAUAUUGUGAAUUGUUUAAAACAAGAACUAAAUAAAAACUUGUUUUAACUGGA